AUGACGUACGAUAUCCUGGGGAAACAAGCUUUCCACCCCAAGCCUUUCGUGUCGACAGCGCAUGGCUCUGAGUCGCAAACCGACAGUGAACCUGACUUCUGGACAUGGGACACGAAGACCCAGUUCAAGACUAGAGAAAGUGUUGGCCAGCAGAGCGGCGUCGCAGACGAAUGCGCUCUCUUUCCAGUGCACCUUCUCUCGAAGAUUCAGGUCGUCCUAAAAACUGGAGCAGCAGACGAUGUGUCGCGGACUGAUGCGCAGCUUUCGACGGUCAUAAAAUGCAUCUCCAACAUCUUGAUCGUUUCAGACGGGAACCACACCUACGGUCGUGACCACCAAGCUAUCGACACUCUCGCGAAUCUGCCGCCGAACACGUACUUGAAGCCUGAGGAUUACGUCGUCUACGAGGCGCAAAAAAAUGCAAGCCAGGAGGGCAGGAAGCUGCAGCAGGGUCAUAAAGGCUGGGUGAUCGACAAGUACAAGUUCUUGCCGGAAGUGGAGAAGGCGAUUGAGCGCAACAAUGCGGCCGAGUGGUACGUGUUUCUUGAAAGCGAUACGUACAUGUUCUGGGACAACGUCUUCCGUCUUUUAGAGAACUACAAUAGCUCAGUGCCUUACUACUUCGGAUCGCCAUCGCCUGGCAGAAAGUACCAAUCUGGACCAGAUCCUGAGAACGAAGGGCAGGUGUGGUUUGCAUACGGAGGCGCAGGCUUCAUACUCUCCACGGCCGCUGCGCACCGACUGGUGGAUCGUCCAAGCAACAGCAUCGGCCUCAAGGGUCCUCGGCUCGCUAUCGAAUACAUGGAAGACAUCAGAGCCGACUGCUGUGGCGACAGUAUACUGGGAUGGGCUCUGCACGACAAAGCUGGAAUAAGUAUCGGUGGACUAUGGCCCAUGUUCAGCCCUCAUCGGCUCGAAAACAUCCCGUUUGGCAAAGACUACUGGUGCGAACCUGUCAUCAGCCUACACAAGACUCACCCGUUCCUCUAUAAAGACCUUUGGUCCUGGGAGAACGAACGAAGAUCAGCAAGUGAGCACCCCGUGCUCUAUCGUGAUCUACUUUUCUCGUUUCACGGCAACUUCUCUCAGCGCGAGAACUGGGAUGCAGCAUUCGACGCAGGCUUUCAGCUGCCUGAUAAUUCCACUGUCCACACGAGUCUCGAUGCUUGCAGAACCGGGUGUUUUCAACACAACGAUUGUAUGCAGUACACUUGGCAUGGACGGCACUGCUAUUACGCGAAGGCUUUGUAUAUUGGUAAUGCGAAACAGCCAGAUGGCCAUCACGACCCAGAAGAUAGAAAGUAUAUCAGUGGUUGGGAUAUCACGAAGAUACAAACUCAAAGCUUCGAGAGAACAUGCGAAGAGGGAGCGCAUUGGGUGAAACCAAGCAUCGAAAGAAAGUACUGA